AUGAAUUCCCCGGUAGGAGGCCCGCAUUGGCAAAUACCUGGAAGUGGAGGUGGACACUGGGAGUUCAGCCAGCCGUAUCCCAGGACAGCUUACGGAGCUCAGGGUCAGGCUGGGGGCCCAGGGACCCGUCCCCAGGGACCCGUCCCCAGAGUAACAGCCCCUGCAUACGCCACGCGCUUGCGCACUCCUCGCCCCGCCCCCGACCGGGCCGGUGAGGGGCUCGGCGCUGCGGCGAAGGGGUGGGACUGUUUCCCGCGACGCCGGAACCUUCGGGGGCCGGGACUGUGGGGAGCCGGGAACGGCGGGACCGCAGAGCGGUGUGAGGCGUGUGCAGAUUCCUCCGACCGCAUUUUGUCCCCGCGCGCUCUUCUCGGGCGCGCGUUCUCUGGCGUCCUGGCUGCCCGGGCCGUGGCUUGGCUGCUCCUCUGGGGGGCAGCUGGGCUUGCCUGCUUACCAGUUACAGCCUUUGACACCUCCGGGACCCACGCCGGCAUAAGGGCCACUUGUUCUGAAAUUAUUUUGAGGCAAGAAGUUUUGAAAGAUGGUUUCCACAGAGAACUGUUAAUAAAAGUGAAAUUUGGAGAGAGCAUUGAGGACUUACAGACUUGCCGACUCUUACUUAGACAGUACAUCCCGACAGGACUUUUUGUGGAUCCUUAUGAGUUGGCUUCAUUACAAGAGAGAAACAUAACAGAGGCAAUGAUGGUUUCAGAAAAUUUUAAUAUAGAGGCGCCCAACUAUUUGUCCAAAGAAUCUGAAGUUCUCAUUUAUGCGAGACAAGAUUCACAGUGCAUUGAUUGUUUCCAAGCUUUUUUGCCUGUGCACUAUCGCUAUCAUCGGCCACAUAGUAAAGAUGGAGAAACCUUUAUUGUGGUCAAUAACCCUGAGUUAUUGAUGUAUUGUGACCAAGAGUUUCCAAUUUUGAAAUGCUGGGCUCAGUCAGAAGUGACAGCUGCUUGUGCUUUGAACAGUAAGGAUAUCUGCCAGUGGAACAAUAUGAAAUAUAAAUCAGUUUAUAAGAAUGUGACUCUACAGGCUCCAGUGGGACUGACCAUACAUACCUCUUUAGUAUGUUCUGUGACUCUGCUCAUUACCAUCUUGUGUUCUACUCUGAUCCUUGUGGCUGUUUUCAAAUAUGGCCAUUUUUCCCUCUAAGUUUUAUGCAGUUAAAUGCGUUCCAGAAACCUAAGUAAGACCUA